UAUAACAAUCAAAAUUAGUUAAGGCUCGCAUUGAUUCGCUUGUAUUUUUCAAUUAUUUCCUGCAGAAACUCUGAUUAAAUAAAUAAAUACCUAGUAUCGAAUGGUAGAAAUUAUUAUUCACGUAUUUUUAUAUUCAGUAUAUAUAUUAUAUUCAGUGCAAUAAAGGUGCAAUGUAAAGUAAUUGCAAGUGCUGUGGACAAAAAUUGUGCUGUGAAUUCAAGUCUGAGCCUUGACGGUGCCUCCGAUCAUUGGAACAAAGGAAAUAUUUAGUGCGUUCGAAAGAUAAAGAAACAUAAAAAAUUAUUUGAAAAUGUGGCCGUGUAUGAGACACUUUUUUGAGAUGAUACCAAAUAUAUUUCAACCAACGGACGAGCCAAAUGAAUCACAAUCCAAUAAUUCAAGGAUGGCGGAUGGUGUGCCGUUGCUGCGUUCGAAUUCAUUGUCAUUGGAAAACAACAGCAACAACACCUCAACACGAAGAGUGGACAGACAAACUUCCACUAUGAACUCGCCAACCAGCGACUCGACCGAAGUGGAAGAACUUAGCAGCCAUCAUGCCUUAGAUAUUGUCAAGGGACAUUUCAUAAGAGAUUUCGAUUUGAGGGAUGUACACAUUCAUGACAUAUUCAACAAAUAUGAGCAAAAAUAUAUAAACGCUGGUAUUUAUCGCGAUGAACAGAUUUCGCAAAAUGAGAUCCUGGCGAUUUAUCGGGAGGAACAGGUUUCCCGCCUAUUUGCCGUGCUACGACACAAAGAACCCUCAAAAAUAUGCAAAUUUAUGGAAGCUUUGCUCAUUGACUAUGAUUGGCUGGUGAAUAAUUUCGGCAAUGUGAACAAAGUCGGCUAUAGCCGUUAUGUCGAUUUAGUACACUCUCUGCACUCUAAAGUUCACCUUAAAUAUGAUGACUACAAUGUACAUCGCUCAAUGCCGUUUAGAAAAUUACGCAAUGCCCUACUAACUAUGCCGCCUGUCGGUCGUGUAGUAUUAGCUAGUGAUUUUGGUUGUGGCAAAAAGUGGUUGGCAAUUGAUGCCUGCACCGAUUAUGAUGUUGCAAAAGCUAUGAAUUUCCAAAUUCAUUGGGUCGAUAUGAGUCAAUGUACGAGUUCACUAGAAGAUUUACGCAUGCUACGUUAUUUGAAAUUAUUGCUAACUGAAUCGGUGCGUUCUCCGUCACCAGCUAGUUAUGGUUCAUUGGAUCGCGCUGAAAAUACGCACGUAUACAAAAAUUCUAUAGCUGAAGUGAGCGUGGAAUUGAAAAAGCAAUUGGAUAAGAAGUGUCUUGUCGUCUUGGUAAAUGUACAGAAUACGCAUGCGUUGAAGGCGUUUGAUUUGCCAUGUAAAUUACUGGUUAUUACGCGUAGUAAAAAGGUUAGCGACUCAUUUGCAAGGAAACGUAGCAUAACGGUGCGUUUAAAUAGUGGUCUUACGCGUGAGGAACUCUACAUACUCUUCGAAAAGUAUUUGAAGGACCAUGAUUUUAAAGAAAAAGAUGUAGAAUUAAUAUUUGCUCACAGCAAUGGACAUCCAUAUCUAUUAAGUUUAAUUGCGCAGAGCUUGAGUCAAAACGUGAAUAAUUGGCAGAGUUGGAUCGAUAAGUUGCGCGAAUCGGAUCUUGUUGACGAGAAAUUCAGUGCAGCCAUUGAAAAAAGUCUUGACAGCUUAGAACCGGAAUUAAGAAGAGCAUUCUUGAAGAUAUUCAAGUGUUUUCCGCACGCAAUUUUUGUGCCAAAAAGGGUGAUCGCCGCGCUUUGGCCUGGUCGUAAGUGUGAAAAAGAUUUGGAAAAGUUACAUCGCCACGGUUUUUUGGAAAAGUCCACCUCAGAAGUUGGUGAUAUCGUCUAUAAGCUACCCUUUAUAUAUGGCAAAAUUAAAGAAAGAGAUGAAGUGGCCGACGAAGAUAUGGCGCAUAUGCACAAAAAGCUGCUUGCAUAUUAUCACUUUGUCGAGGAUUUGGAGGCGCGCAAAGAAGUGUUGCCCUUCCAACGUGACAUACAUGAUUUCUAUUUUUUCCUUUGCAUCGGUUAUCAUCUUAAAAAAUCUGGACUGACGCACUACUUCAAGCAAAUCUAUUUGGAUUAUGGUUUCCUAGAGCAAAAAAUGCGCACCGUCGACCUGCUCAACACAAUUGUCGACUUGGAAACUUUUCGACAUUAUAUUGCCCCUGAUUCGGAGCGGCGAAAAGUGUUUCGUGCCAUACGUGAAUUUUUACCAAACAUCGAAAAGACAAUGCAAGAAUCGAAUGAUGCUACACUCUUGCAAUGCGCGCUCAUGGAGGGUGGCUUGGUGGGCUAUGAAGCGCGCAUACAGGCGGCUGCAUUUCCAGAUUACACGUGGUUUGAACAGUAUGGCUGCUUCCAUGAACGUCAUAAUAUUAUUUCGCUACCAAGUACUCCCAAAAAAAUUAUAUUGCUUGAUCAUGAACGCUCUACGAUUGUAUUGGAAGAAAGCAAAAAUAUUUUAUUGGUCAACACUUCAUUGAAAUGGAAUACUUAUUCCGUCAAAUUAAAGGAUCCGGUACUAGUUAAAACGACUGUUGUUGAUGCUCGUUUCUUUAGGGAGAACAACUACGACAUUUUACUGGCCUUGUGUAGUAAUGGCGAUAUGAAAUUUUGGUGUAUACCGGGUGACUGCAGUACGGAUCGGCGAAGGUCUGAUUCAUUUUCGCGUCCACAGGAAAAAAUAAUCGAGUGCAGUAACAUCACUGCGCGUGCCUACCUCUUCAAACCUAUUACUGCCUUCGAGCUGUCUUGUGGUGAGAAGGGCAAAGAACCCAAUUUGUAUUUGGCACAUAAGAAUGGUGAAAUCAGUCAUAUCCAAUGGAACAGCGAUAGUAAAACAUUCUAUUCCGCAUCAUUUCCAUCUUUGAAGACUGAAAUGCAAACCAUUUCAAUUGUACGCCUCGUCUUUGGCCGAUACUACGUAGUUGGCAACACAAAGGGCGAAGUACGCAUUUUCGACGGCAGAGACUAUUCGCAACAACGCGGUCUUGAACCAUUCACCCAUUUCAUCGAAUCUAUCCAACUAUCGCGCAACGAACAACUAUUAGUUUGUCGCAGUUGCAUUGUACGUUUCACCAGCAGUUCUAUAAACCAAGUUGGUCAUGUGGAGUAUCUGCUGCAAGAAACCGAAUUUAUUGCUGACGGUCAGUGUAAGGUAAUCAAUUGUGCUAAGUUGUUGCACAUCAAAGGGCGUAAACAACUCGUUUUGGGCACAAACAGUGGUCUGAUUAUCUUUGAUAUUGAAAUGGGCAAGAAAGUGCUAACAACAAAUGUCAACGAAGAUAUCAUUUGCGUUGAUGUACAUCCGCUGGAUAAUGCCAAGUACAAAUAUAUGGUGGCUUGCGGUUCGCGUAAGCGCAAGCUCUUGAAUUUAUUUGCAUUAAGCGUCAGUGAUGGCACUGGCACGUUGCUCGGCUGGUCACAUCGUGCAACACCAACACAAUUGAGGGGAUAUGAUGCAUAUCGCGAUAUGAUAGACUUUCAGAUGGCGCCAGAUGUUUGGUUGAAGGGUGGCAAAUUGUUUGCAGUGCAAUACGAGCAUGAAGAGACGACUUUAUUGGCAGUGGACUCGCAGAAUAAGUUACAUAAAAUCGAUACCGACGGUCAUAAAGUAUUAAAGCAGUGGCCCUACACCAUCACCGCCAUUACUUUGUGCGGUAAGAAAGCAAUCGCGGGCUUAGCGAAUGGCGAUUUAUUUGAUUUGAGUACACGUGAACAGCUUCACACUUCGGCCUUUAAGAAUCAAUCGAUUGAGUUCUUACAGCUGCUCGAUGAGGACACGCUGAUUGCGGCAAGUGAGUUUGAGUUAGUGAUUUACACAAAUCUUGGUUGUGGUCAAUAUAGCCCAUUUGUAUUGACAUAUGGUAAAAUUAAGCGGUGCUUUCGCCUAGCGGCUGGGCGAAUGCUAAUUGUUUUUGAAAGCUGUGUAUUUUGGAUUUUAGACGAGUCCGCCCAUUUAAUACACAAAUAUGAGCCGAUAACCAAGACUACGAUUGGUGGCUGUGAUUUACAAAAUAAGCAACUAUUUGUUGUCACGGAAAACUAUAGAAUCGAGGUUUUUGAUCUUGCCGAGUCGCUGGGACCAAAGGAGCCGAAGAUAAGAAGAUUCGGCAGAACCAGUGUCUCUUCCAAGGUAAAAGUCAGCUGCAUAGCUGUGUCGCGCGAUGCCAGCCUAGUUGCUGUUGCUUGCUAUGAAGGCGACGAAAAUGACGAAAAUGAUGUACGAAUUGAGGUUUUCGAAUGUCAGCUGGCCGCGAAUUGCAUUGAGUCACUCUACGAUCUGCGAGGUCAUCGCCGUCGCAUCAAAGAUAUGCGUUUUUCACCCAACGCUCAUGUGCUGGUCAGCUGUGCCGAGCAAAUGUGCUGGUGGAGCAUGCAAAUGGCAGCAUGCAAGCUAAAUAAUACGCUGAAAGAGCGAGAAAUCUCACGUCGGAAGAAGAAUAAUCUACGCUUCUUCUCAGCGGACAGCGACUCAACAGACAGCGAAGAAGAUGAAACGGUAGAUGCGAGUCAUAUUCGUGCACCCAAAUGUAUUUUCGAAGAAGUUUCAAUGCUGCCACGUAAAGAUACACGUCCGGCAGCAGAUGUCACACCAGUUGGUGGUAUUUCUAAUAUAGCCAUUAGCAAUGCAGACGAUGCGGUUUGGAAGACGAAAUGUGGGCCCGUAACACAUCGCGAAUUGCUAUCGUGUAUCAAAUUCAAUGGCAGUGAAGCGCAACAGUUCUUUUCCAAUGAAUCGUUUACUCAAUUUCAAACCAUUGACAAUGGUGGCGGUUACUAUGUAUUGACGUUGCGCGAUUUUAAUAUCCCACAAGAAAUACCUCUGCCAUCGCCACUCGCUAAAAACUUUCCUGUGACUGUAGCGUACAAGACAGAGUUGAGUAUAGAUGAAACAGAAUAUGGUGAGGGUGGUGUAGAUGUUGUUGCCUGACCGGGCGAAAGGAGAAUGCGUAUGCGAAAGGGACGUACGAAAAAAGGCUCUGGCAGAAAAAGAACGCUAGAGUAUGAGCCUGCAGUGAUUCGCUACCGACUUGUAUACUUUUUAAUCUAUUUUUGUAUAUUUCACUUUGAUCUCUUUGGAUGCGAUUGUUGAGAGAGGAGAGCAUUUCAUUUGGAGAGAGGUAGGGGGGGAGAGAGAGAAGAGAGCAGAAAGAGAGGGGUAAAGAGAGAUAGAUAGAGAAGAAAGCGAGAGAGCAACAAAGAAAGAAAGUGUUGAUCAGAAUAUAAAGUAGUGAAGUAGAAUUGGGCGAAAAUAGACAAAGGGAAGCUAUUUAGGGAAAUAUAAUGAAUUCUGAAUAAACUAGGAAAAAAAAUAUUAUUAUAUCAAAAUUGUUAAGCUAAAUACCAUCGAAGGAAUUUUCAGUAUGGAGAGAGAGCGAAAAAAGAUAAUCUAGAACAAAUGAAAAAAUUAUGUCAAAACUAACAACUAUGUAUUUUUACAUAAACUAAGUUAGAAAAAAAAAAAUUUUGCUAAUAAGUGCUAAAGUAUUACAAACAAUUAUUUAAACAUUUAAUUACCAACUUUAUAUUAUAGGUAAAGUUAAAAGACAACGAUUUGGUGCCAAAUAGAAAAUUACUUAGCUCUCUAUUUGUGUGAUUCUCUAUAAAAAAAGGUGCUAUUUUUUGACAAGAGAUAGCCGAAACUUGAAAAAAAAUUAUGAGAUUAAAUUAUUUCUGAUUAAUACUUAAAAGCAAUAAUUUAUAUCUAUUUGUAAAUGGUGUGCUUGUUUUUCUAACAUAUUUAAAUCCCGCAUUUGUUGUGAGAAACAUAAAACUGCCACAACGCAGCAUUUAAUUUUAACUCUCCAGUACUGUGGUCAGUGUGAAAUUUUUAAUUGUUUCUGAUAAAACAAAUUUUUUUGCUGUAAAAUGUUUACUUUAUUUUACACAUGAUAUCAAAUAACUUGGAAAGUUUUUAAUAUGUUGUUAGAACAAUAGUAAGAAAUUUCUAAAAAAAAAUCAUAAUUAAUUCGCAAAUUAUUAUGAAAAAAAUUAGUUUGUGUGUCUCACAGAUUGGGCCACAGUGCUUAAAGUUAAAACAACAAAAUAAAAUGUUAACUGUAGUUUAUGAGUGAUAUUUAUAUACGUACAGAACCUUGAAUUUUUCGAGGCUUUAGACUUUUUAUACAUAUUUGUUUUUUGUAUGACAAUUUCGUAUAUAAAAUCGUUUGUAUUAAGUUAAACGUGCAAAAUUGUAAAAUGAGGUAUAUAUAUACAUAUACAGUAAUGGACAGAAAAGCGGCAUUAAAAAAAAAAUAAAAAAAAAAAAAAAAAUCUAUUAAAAUAAUAAUAGAACUUAUCUAUUUAUAUGUAAAAAGUUAGAUGCGACGUUAUGUCAGGUGAAAAAUAAAAUCACACACACACAUGUACAUUAGCCAAUAGCCGAUUAUAGAAUUUUUCCCAUUUGUAAGCGCGUCACUUGAUUAUCCUCACCUCUCACCCAAGUUAAAUUAAAGACCAAACCAGAGCUUGUUCGAGCUUCAAUCACAACCGCAGUGUUGCAUGAUUUGUGAAAGUAUCACGUUCGAUGUAAAAUUCUGGCAACAUUAUCAAAAGCAUCACGUUCGAAGUGUCAAAAAUUUGGCAAACGUCACGCGCGAAUACAAAUAAAUCGGCAUCAAAAAUUUUUUGUUUGCCGAACAUCAGAAAAGUAUCAGUUGAGCAAAUUGCAAUAGAGUUGCAAAUUGUCAUCAGUGCAGCAGUAUUGCCGCUUUUAUUACGUGCCUCGAACAAGCACCCACUUUCAUACUCAAUACAGUCGGUUCUACGUACCGGAAUGGCUCGGGGGUUUCCCCUACGAAGAGCUGCCGUCGCAAUAAAUAAGCACUGUCUAGUGCGGUGAACCUCAUUCCUCGUCUAUCGUCACAGGAGCAGCUCUAUGCAACAAGGUUGCUCCCAACACGUCUUUUCAGGGCUGACAAUGAGCUUAAUCCUGGAGCCGAAGUUUAUAUCUGUUUAUCAACUUCUAUUUGAUGUAAUUAAUGCAACGAAUGGUGACAUUCUAAGAUUUGCUCAGACUUUAAGAUCCAAAAGGAAUGGGUCCCCCAGUUUAUACCAUAGUUAUAUGCUGCUCUCGCCGUCAGGUGCCUUCUGCCGCUAUGGCCUUUACUUCGCACAAUGCGUCGGAGCUUCUGUAACACACCUCAAGCGAAACCCUCACGGCUCCUCAGAGCUCACCAAAACACCAUCACUUUAUCUAUGUUUCAAAGUGUAAGUCUGUCCGGUCAGAUAAUGU